AAGCCACUCAUCAACGUUUUACGCCACUACGUCAGCGUCUGCUGGUCAAAUCCAACAUGGAGGACUGCGUAGCCGUAGAAAAGAGCCCGGAGGAAAUGCCUGCAGUUUUGAAUUCCAGACCACAAACUGGUCUGUCCUUCCUGGCUCCAGAACCCGAAGAUCUGGAGGAUCUUUACACCAGAUACAAGAAACUACAGCAGGAGCUGGAGUUCCUGGAGGUGCAAGAGGAGUAUAUCAAAGAUGAACAGAAAAACCUAAAGAAGGAGUUCCUCCACGCUCAGGAGGAGGUGAAGAGGAUACAGAGCAUCCCUCUGGUCAUCGGACAGUUUUUGGAAGCUGUGGACCAGAACACUGCCAUAGUUGGUUCCACUACAGGGUCCAACUAUUAUGUGCGCAUCCUGAGCACCAUCGACCGAGAGCUGCUAAAGCCCAAUGCAUCUGUGGCCCUCCACAAACACAGCAAUGCUCUGGUGGAUGUACUGCCUCCGGAGGCCGACAGCAGCAUCAUGAUGUUGACUUCAGACCAAAAGCCAGAUGUGAUGUACGCUGACAUUGGUGGUAUGGACAUUCAGAAACAGGAAGUCAGAGAAGCAGUGGAGUUGCCUCUCACUCACUUUGAGCUCUAUAAACAGAUUGGCAUUGAUCCACCCAGAGGAGUUUUAAUGUAUGGACCUCCAGGAUGUGGUAAAACUAUGUUGGCCAAAGCUGUGGCUCAUCAUACCACAGCUGCCUUCAUCCGUGUGGUGGGCUCAGAGUUCGUUCAGAAGUACUUGGGGGAAGGUCCUCGUAUGGUGCGUGACGUUUUCCGGCUGGCCAAAGAGAAUGCUCCCGCAAUUAUCUUCAUAGAUGAGAUUGAUGCCAUUGCCACAAAACGUUUCGAUGCACAAACUGGAGCUGACAGGGAAGUACAGAGAAUCCUGCUUGAGCUGCUUAAUCAAAUGGAUGGUUUUGACCAGACUGUCAAUGUAAAGGUGAUCAUGGCCACAAACAGAGCUGACACACUGGACCCUGCUCUCCUGCGCCCCGGCCGUCUGGACCGAAAGAUCGAGUUUCCGUUGCCUGACCGCCGGCAGAAACGACUGGUCUUCUCCACCAUCACCAGCAAAAUGAACCUGUCUGAGGAGGUGGACCUAGAGGACUAUGUGGCCCGACCAGACAAGAUUUCUGGAGCUGACAUCAACUCCAUCUGCCAAGAGGCUGGCAUGCUGGCUGUGCGUGAAAACCGCUACAUAGUCUUGGCUAAAGACUUUGAAAAAGCCUACAAGACGGUCAUCAAGAAGGAUGAACAGGAGCACGAGUUCUACAAGUAGGAGUUGAGAGGAGGGUCCAAUCCUAUUGUUAUGGACAUUUUGUGUCUGCGUGAUUUGUCCCAGACUUUCAUCUUUACUCAGCGAAACACAGAGCCUGUCAUUUUAGAGUCUGGUGCUUUGAAACAGCACUCUGUAGACACCACUGGUUCUUGAAAUGUCUGGCCAUAGCUAAAAAGUAUUUGUAUCUAUGUCAGCUUAUCUUAACAUUAAAAAUAAACCCUUUUUUUCAACAAAAA